AGCGCCGCCAGUUACGUGCGGAGAGAGCGUGCGAGCCGACGCCGCUGCCCGACACCGCGUCACCGAGCCGCGCGCCCACGAGCUGGCGCGGGAAAACUUUCACGAGAAAACUAAAACUGUAUUACAGCUUACACGCCGAAACAGUAUCUGUUAUCUAUUACUGUUUCUAUUACAAUUACAAGUUACCAUAUAAUCAAUCUGACACUUAUUACAGUUUAUGACAUAGUGUUGUUAUUUAGUGCGGCGUUCUGACGACGUAUUUCGGCAGUUAUGAUAACAAUGUGUAGUUACGACUGUGAAUUGAUAAUUAAUUAUUGAAGAGUAUUUGUUUUGUCACCGCGUCGUUUUGAUUGAUGAAUACAUAGCUGCCCGUUCCCGCAGCGACCAACACCACUUGAAAUGCGCGCGUGCGGCUAGCAUGCGGGCGCGGCGCCAUGAACGCGUCGGCGCUACAGUGCGCCAGCGACGCGGACGUGCCGGAAGCCGACAAGCUGUUCCGCUUCGUAGUGCACGGCGUGCUGCUCAACGGCAUAGGCGCCGCAGGGCUGCUGGGAAACGCGCUGGCCGUGCUUGUGCUGUCACGGCCGCAGAUGCGCUCGUCCAUCAACUGCCUGCUGGUGGGGCUGGCGGCGUGCGACACGGCGCUCAUCCUCACGUCCGUACUUCUGUUCGGCCUGUCCGCGCUGUUCCCGUACGCGGGCGCCCUGCGCUACUACUACCACCACGUGUGCCCGCGCCUUACGCCCGUGGCCUACCCGCUGGCCAACGUGGCGCAGACCAUGUCGGUGUACCUCACGCUCAUCGUGACGCUGGAGCGCUGGGUGGCUGUGUGCCACCCCUUCCGUGCCAAGGCGCUGUGCACGUCGGCGCGCGCGCGUUGGUACGUGCUGGGAACGGCCGCCUUCGCCUUCGCCUACAACGCGCCCAAGUUCUUCGAGGCCGAGGUGGUGGCCAUUGGCGACCCGGCCGGCGAGGUCAUAUACUGCGUGCGCGCCAACGUACGCUUCCGCACCGACACAUACGUGGCCGUAUACAUCCACUGGAUGUACUUAGUGGUCAUGUACAUCGUGCCCUUCGGCGCGCUCGCGGCGCUCAACGCGGCCAUCGUGCGCCAGGUGCGGCGCGCACAGGCCGAGCGCGCGCGCCUGUCACGCGUACAACGGCGCGAGCUUGGCCUAGCCACCAUGCUGCUGGUGGUGGUGCUGGUGUUCUUCCUGUGCAACCUGCUGCCGCUCGUCACCAACGCCUUCGAGGUGUUCCUGGGCGACCAGUUCGAAAACCUGGACCCGCUGGUCAAGACCAGCAACCUGCUGGUGACCAUCAACAGCAGCGUCAACUUCGUCAUCUACGUCAUAUUCGGCGAGAAGUUCAAGCGCGUGUUCCUGAAGAUGUUCUGCGCCGGGCGCGUGCGGCCGCGCGGCGCGCGCGACUCGCCUGAAAACACGCGCGACGACUCUUUCGCAUCGUGCGGAGAGCGCAUGUCGCUGCGCCUGGCGCGCAACGGCACGCUGCGGCGUUCGGAGGCGCGCCAGGCGCGACUGUCGCGGCCGCGCCGCGCCGCGUCGCCCGCGCCCACCGUGUACUACCCCGCUCCCGCGCCCUCCACGGACGUGUCGCUGGCGUCGUCGGACGCGCCCGCGGUGCGCUGGAACGGCAACUCGAGGCUGCACUUCUGACGCAGGGACUCGUCGGCGUAGACGCGUCGUUCUCUUUGCUAACAUGUCUCGAGGGAGCCGCUUCCCCCGCGAAUGGACUAUUAGUGCUUUAAGUGCUAGGAAAUACCCGACUGUGAAAUAAGUAGAAGUGAAAGAAUUAAUGUGAAAACUAAAAGACAUUAGCCUUUCCCUAGAUAACGUAAACGCGUACCUCAUGUAAAUGUUUCCAUUUAUUAUAAAAAUAUUUCCGAACUUCAAGUUCAAAUGAGCCACUUAACUCGGGUUUUGCGCGGACAAAUCGCCCGUUAAAGGAAUCAAUCACUGAGCAGUGAUAACAAAUUCGUUCGUGUACAUUUAUUCUGAUGUCUAACCCUUGGUCUAUAUACCUGACAAAAUAUCUUUAAAUCCUUUCUACUACAUUUGAAAUCCUACUACUGUAACUAGGGAGGUGUGUAGCCAAGUUCCCGGUGAUACCACGUUACUUGUUUCUCAAUAUGUGUAAUUGUAUUAUGUAUAUAAAUGUUGGUUAUAUUGUAAAUAGUCGAUUAUGACUGUGACCGCGGACCACAACCUGGCCGGGUGCGACAAGACAGUCGUCGCCAAGACGCGACGAUCUCGCUAUGACGCCGACAUAACCGGCAAAUCGAGAGUGCUGUAAAGGGUUGAUAGAUAACAGGAAGGAUGAAAUGAAAUGUGUUAGUGACCAUUUCUCGCAACAUUAUACCAUGAAAUGAGUAGUAUUCCUUUGUACGUACAACUUCCAUGCUGUCUCACUUCUCCUGCCAUCCCAGCUCGAUCUAAGACUAGCAGGACACCCAGCUAAUCAAUAUGUGCAAUCCUAAAUUUAAAAAAAAUACGUUGAAGUUUGUUUUGCGCAAAGAAUAGAUUGAUACACACAAUGUGUGAAAAAUAUCACUAAUGUAUGAAAUGUAAACAGCUUCUUAAUAAAAAAUUGAAAAGAGUGUUCACUGAAUUUAUGAUAAAAAUUAUAUUAAUUGUUUACAUUAAACACUGUUCUGAAAUUAAAUUAAAAUACGUAUUAAAUUUUCUGACGGCUUGCUUCGAUUUUCUCGAAUAUGGCUUUGCACUGUUCAUCCGCUUUGUCGGGCGUCGCGACAGGCUUGUGGCCCGCGGUGAUGGCGAUUGUGAAAAUGGCCGUGCUCGGGACGCGAGAUGUAUCUGUGAGCGACAUUCAUGUAUAACAUGAUGUAAACUGAAUAAAUAAACCAUUUCAAUGUGUCACGUCGUCCACUAA